AUGGAGAAGUAAUGGAUAAUUUUAGAUUCAAAAAAUCGAAUUGAUAAAAGUAAGCAACAAUUAAAAGUAGGCUUAAAAUAAAAUCGAUAGACUUAAUUGGAACUUCUAAGGAAAAUGUAGUUGUUGAUUAAUAUAAAGGAUUUUAAAUAAAAAGAAUCUAAAUACCCUUGGUCUGCGAAUUUGAAAGCUAAAAUAAAAUCUCUGAGAGCUGGAGAAAAAGAAAAACCAUACUCCAAGUUUAAGAAAAUUAUUGAAUUAAGAAAAAAAGUUAGAAUGAUAACCAAUUCAUAACAAUAAAGAGCAUUAAAAUCCUUAUAUAAUAUGAAUUGA